AUGACUGCGUCAUGUCCGGUGGAAUAUUCCAGUGGAUUUACCCUUGGUCUUAAAAAGGACGCACUGAAAUAGCUGCUGUGAAGUUGCCAGCUGUUGUGUUGUGAGCCAGAGACAAUCAUGAUCCUCCUGACUCCCUCCUCUGGUAGGUUCUCAAUCUCAUCUCAUAAUCUGGAUUACUGUACACCUACAUGGGCAUGGGUGCCAGAGAUUAAAGGCUAGGUCUGCAUGGGUCAAAUUAGGCAGGGAGUUUUAAAGAUGCUUGGACUGAAUAUAAUGGGAUAACUAAUUAAUUUAGUAAAAUUAACCACAGAAUACACAUGCGAUGUAUUGCAUGUAGUGCAUAUAAUGCAGUUAUAAUAUGCACUUAUUAUAAAUUAUGUGCAGGCACACAUGAAGACCAUCACUUGAUGUGAGAGAAAUAGUUAAUUAAAACAGUAUACAUAUAUUAAAGGUAAGGUAGGUAAAGUUGGAGAAACUAGCAAGACAGCUGGAUUUUGAAAGUAACCAACUGAAAAAAAAAAAAGUUUAUAUUUUAUUCACUUCAGAUUAUCCCUGUUAAGAAUUGUUUUCCUUGUUUUUCGUUUAGUCCUUUUAGUCGUUACCAGGUAACAUAGCAGGGUAUUACAUAACAAGGGACUUCCCAUCAUGCUUUGCACUCAUUAGGCAGCAAUCCAGAAAUAAAGACUUGCUUGAAAUUGACAAUGUGUCUGGCUCUGGCUUUAUCCUCUUUUUAUAAGGGACCAAGACAGUGUAUUAUAAAAAAAACUUGACCGUAAGAUCUGCAAGCCCACAGACUUUUAUGCACGUGGAGCUGCAGGUGUGGCUCUCUAAUGGUAUUUACUGUGACAAAAGUGAAUAGACCUGAUUAUUCAUUUAGCAAACUUGGCAAUUACAUGAUUUUCAGAAAAAUGCAGAAUGUUGUCUGCAUUAACUGAUGUGCUGUGUUUACCCAUGAAAAGUUUUCAGAUAAUAAUAAUUCAAAUAUCAGGUUGUAACAUGUGUUAAAGUCCAAAAUAAGAAAUAAAAAAAGCAUGCUGUCAAGUUAAAUUGUAAGUUAUUGUUGGCUUUUUGCUGUGUCUCAUACGCUGUUUUCUUUCAGAUGAAGAGUCUCUUGAACUCGCCUGGCUUUGGAAUCACAGGAAGUUCAGGGUGAAAAACACUUGAAGGGUUGCUACUGCAACAUUUAAAAAUAUUUAAAUUUUGCAGGUCAUUAUUUGUGCAUACUGUCUUGGAUAGUACUAUGACUUGAGAGAAAGUAAUAAACUCACAAAACAGGAGGCCGACAGAAAACAAAGAUUUCUUUGUUUGACUUCAUUAAAAACCAUCACAGCUUAGUGGGGGCAGAGGCAGUGUUUGGCUGGAGCAAGGCACUGUCAGCAGUCAUUCCAUCUUGCUGACUAAGAUGUAGAUUUUACUGUUCAUACUGCAAAUGUUGUCUUCAAAACAACUAAACAUAUCAAGUUAAUGUUACAAGUUUUAAGAAUUACAUUUUAAUCAAACAUAUGCCCUAAUAAAACUAUUACUGUUGGCGAUAUAACCCCAUGCAGUUUAGUAUUUGAAUAUUAACAAAGACACCAGGAGAGGUUGUAGAUUUAUUUUUAUGCCACAAUCUCCAUUAAAGCCUAGGCUGCAGUGGUAUUAAUAGAUUUAAACAGUUAGCUAUGUGAGUGCUGCUGCCACGUCCUUGUCUCAGGUCACCACGUUUGAUCAGAGUUAACAGGCUAAUUGAUCUCACGUCUGGUAUGUGUCAAUGCAGUAGGUCCAACUCACACUCACUAUAGCCGAUGGUGUAUGUGGUAGUCCCCUAAAUGUUCAUAGCUUGUUCCCCACGCCAGUAUUUGUAUGUAUUUCACCCCUGAUGAGAUCACAAUUGAGUGCUAACACUUCACAUGCAUCCUGUUCAGACCUUGUAUCCUUUUUGACAUUUACUUUUCAAAUAUUAUCUAUUGAUAUUAAAGUUUACUGCAUGUCAUUGUGGCCAUUUUUUUUGUAACAGUUAAAAUAUGUAUAAUGUUUAUUGCAUAGAUAUAACUGAUAAUGUAAUGAGUAGAUAAUGAGGCACUAUUUUGCAUGCUGUAGGCUGCGCAAGCUGAUUGAAUGAAUGUACAGUAACAAAUGCAUUUUAGUGAUCUGAAAAUGGAUGAAUGUAUCGUAAGGUCGGCCUCCGUCCAAUAAACAUACGUCUUGGUAAGUGAUGCUUCUUUUACAUAAAACAGGGGAAUCAAUUUUAAAGUAAUAUUUUGCUUUAAAUACAGUUUUAAAAAAAGAUACAUAUGCAAACCUAUGCUACAAUAUCCGGCAAUAUGGAUUCCCACUAGAAGGUAUAAAAAAAAAUUUUUUUUUUUUUUUCAGUUAUGACUGGUAAAGCAUUAAGAUUACUUUCAGAAUUUUUUCACAUUUUUUUUCUCUCACUCCAACUGAGGAUUGACUCAAACUGGGAUAUAAUUAGUAAGCUAUUCCCAUUCAGACAUAUUCAUCAGAAGGUCAGCCGGUAUGCUCGCCCGAUCAUGGUAGGGAUUUAGCUUUUAGCUUUAGCUUCUUAAGCCUCCAGCAGAGGUUAUUGACCUAACACAGACAACUACUAACUGCUGCUGUUGUGUGGUCUCAGGUCUCUUCCAGUGUACCAACAAGAUCUUUCUGAGUGAUCACGCCACAGGACUCCAGAUCAAGGAGUUUGCACGUAAAAAUGCUGCUAAUGCGCUAUCAGUUGCCAACAUGGUCAUGGGCAUGGCCUCCAUUCUCAGCAGUCUUAAUGGGCACCAUCAUGCUGCAUGUUGGCUGGUUCUGAUUGGCUACCUGCUGGAUUUGGCAGAUGGAGCAGUUGCCAGGCGACUUGAUGCCUGCUCUGCACUGGGUGCCAAGCUAGAUGAUUUUGCUGACUUCACGACCUUUGGGAUUGCCACGUCGUUGCUUCUAUGGACAUCUGACCCGGUGGACAACAUCCUCUGCAUGUGUUAUGUCCUAUCUGUAUUUGUCCGCCUCUGUUUCUUCUCAAGCGGGAUCCCAUUCAUGUACCGCGGCUUGCCCUGCAUCUACUCGUCAGCCAUUCUGGCCAGUGCCUCUCUGCUGUCUGGGGGAAACAUGGCCUUGCUGCGGGUCAUUGCAAUGGCUAUGAUCCUCUUUAUGAUCAGUCAGAACUUCUACCCCCAUGACAGAGUGCUGGAGUCCCAGGCCUGGAAGAAAGUAGUCUACGCUGGAGGAGUCAUCAUGGUGUUCUGCUCUUCAUUCCCCCCUGCAUGUGUGUACUACCUGCUGUGGUCUGUCUCCUACAUUUUGUUCCCAACAUCUCUUUGGAGCAGUAAAGUGUAAAAGGGGUUCUGGCUUUUUCCAAAACUCCCAAAUAGGUUAACCUCUGGCCCAUCCGGGUGAACUGAGGCUUCCUGCCAUGGAGGAUCCAAGCUGAACAUGCUCAUGCACCACAGACGAUCACUUGCUCUAGUUAACCUUUAUUUUGGUGUGACACAUCUAAAACAGAACUCAGAUUUAAGAGAGUUAGAGUGAGGUAUGAGAAGGGCAUGUAGCACCCAAUGAUGUAAUUAUUUCCUGAAAAUGUAAUAACGCCUGAAAAUUUUACAACAUUUGCUCCUAACUUGAUCGAAAAUGUAAUAAAACCCAAUAAUGUAAUAACUUGACCAAUAAUGUAAACAAAUGUACUGACUGAUAUUUUAAUUACAGUAACAUUUUUACCGAUAAUGUUAAUACCUUUCAGGUGGGUAAUAUUUUUCCAAAACUGAUGACAUAAUCAUUUUGAUGAAUAAUGUAAAAAAAAAAAAGUGAUUUUUUAUUUAUUUUUUUUUUUUUUUUUUUUUAAGAAAAAAAAUUUUCCUCAGAAAUUUAAAGUGUGCAAGUAUACAAAAUUUAUAAUACUGUUAGUGUCAUGUUAGCCUACUGAAAACACUAACAUUGACGCUGAUUUCAUGUUUGGAAAUGUAAACUCUAGGCUUUAUGUAGAAUUUUAAAUUUACAACGGAUGGCAAGUGGUAUGUUGUUAUCGGGCAAAGAUGCAUUAAACUAAAAUCCCUAUCAAUGGGAAAUUAAUCCGCCCAUACCCAUGCUGAUCGUUCGUUGUGCAAGGAUCAUCCACACCAGAGUGGAUCUUAGAUUAGACACCAUCAGAGGAUGACAUUACAUAAACAAGCGAUGAAGGCAAAACAGUUGAUUCAAUCUCCAUGAAAUGUUCUUUUAUCUGAAUCAACAGUGAUUCUUAUCGAAUGAAGUGUCUCGUUUGCCUCGUCUGAUCGAUGAUAUUUCUGCGUUCAAAAAAGGGUUUCAAAUCGAAUUUGAGUUUGAAAAGUUGACCUUAAUACUCAGGUACAUUUUAAAAGUAAAAACUUUUUAACUUUUACUGAAGUGCACCCUCAUGGGUGCAUAGUUUUUAAUGGGGGGCCUGACCAAAAAAGUUUGAGAACCACUGCUUUUAACUUAAGUAUAAUUUCUGAGUACUUUUUACACCCCUGGUGAUUUAUUUCCUGAUAAAGCAAAGUUAGCAUCACUCUGUUGAGGAUGGUACUGUCAAAUUUCUGUGAGCGCACACCCUAAUUGUUUUGACAAGCACAGGAAAAUAAAGCAACUGCUGAGCGCCUGUCAAGACAAGGCUGAUUUUAAAAAGUAAUUGUAUAAAUAAUUGAUUAAUAAUUGCGGAAUGGGCUGUUGCAAUUCGUUCAGUUAUGCCACCUACCGGUGCAGCGUUGCAAUAGCCUAUACCAUAAUAUUAUGUGGUAGAGACAGGAACAGAUUUAAUUCUAUGAAUAUGCUACAUUGAGUAAAGAAGAACAUUUUUUAUUACAAUAUCAGUCAGGACAUUUUAUUACAUUAUUGGGUUUUAUAAUAUUUUCAAUCAAGUUGUGUGCACAUUUUAUUACAUUUACUGGUAAGGAUGAACCUUCAUGCUGUCUUAUGUCUUCGUUGCAUUUUCACUGAAGCCAGGGGUUGGGUGGCUUGUUCUAAAAACUGAAUUUUCAUCAGGUUUAUCUCCUGUGUUUAUCUCCCUACUUUCAUCAGUGUUGUGAACACGUGACAGCAGGGCUCAUCAUUUUCUCACAGGAAUAAUAUAAACCAAUGAUUUCAAAUGAAAUAAUGACCUGGAUUUCAAAUAUUUUGUUGCCUCUAAUUUGGGUUUUAAAAUGCUUAAUUUUGUAAUCACACAGGGCAUCAUAACUAUUAUUAUGAUGUCUUCAGUGUUGAGUUUAUCUUAAUGAGUAACUACAAUAUGUAGGUAUGGCCUUUAAUCUAUGAAUUUACAGCAUGAUUUCUCAGCAUUUUCGAGAUGAAAAAAAUCUAUGUCCUUUCUGGUUUAUCUAUAACACAGUAACAGGAAUUUGUGCAACACUAAUGACCAGUCUUGUGUUAACUGACUGUUAAUGUUUGUAUCAGGGUUGGGGUCACUUCAUUUUCAUAGCAUUCAGGUCAGAAUGUGGGUUUCCUAAAAAUACACUUUUUCCAUUUUGUAGGGGAUUCAAAUCCAGUCACUUAGAGUAAGAAACUUUCGAACAUGAUGGUGCAGUCAUUCCUAUUAUUUGCUUUGCUGUUUGAGUGUAUGUUUUAAAUAAGUUGAAUUGAAAGUCAACUGACCCCAACCCCGGCUUCUGUGAAUUCGGGACUUAUUUUUAGUUAGACUUAGCUUUUUAUCAAGUUGUCACUCUGUCCAAGAAACAAUGUGUUUGAUUUACAUAUUUCUUUAUGUGUGAUUUUAUUGGGCCAUUGGAUGUGUUUGCCUCUGUUUUAAGAGGAAUUGCAGUUUAAACAGUAAAUCCACACUGGAUCACCAUCACAUCUCAUAGGCCUCUGACCACAGCUGAAUCAGUGAUGUCACUGCAGGUGUUUUCCAUCACUUGUCAAACCACCUGCAGUGACAUCAGUGAUGGAGGUGGAGUCAGAAAUGCAACAUGAGUGGCUGUUAGAACACAUCAAUAGCACUGCAGCAGCAGUUUUCUGCCUCCUGUGAUUCAGUGUGAAUUUACUCUUGAAGAGCAACAACACACUGGCUGCAAAUCCUGCUUUUGCUGACAUCUAGUGGGGAAAUAAUUCACCUGGCUGCAAGUUCUGCCUCCAUAUUUAAAAAUGUUGAAACAUACUGCACUACAGUCGACGUUGGCUGUGCUCACAAAUGCACCAGACCGCUGAAACUUAGAGGUCAAGGAAGGAGAGGAUACGUGUGUUGUUACUCUUUAACUUGGCCAGUAUUCAGUCUGAGGGACAUCACAGUUUUGUAGACCAGUCCUUUUUUAAGGUCACCUUUCCGGCAUCGCUCAUCGUGUUUCACAAUGUGUAUUUGUGCCUCUCUGCAUAGGAAGUGACAAAUGGGGAGAUUAUAGUUUUAUAAGACUUUGUUCAGAAUAUGAUGAAGCAAAUAGCACAGAGUAACAGGCUCUAUCUGUUCUCAGCCCUAAAGGUUACUGACGACCCAUAUUUAAAUUUGGACUUGCUCUAUGCCUUCUGAAAACUUCUGUCCUUUGAGCUUGUAAUCAGAGGUGUCAGAGCAAUUUAUGAGUUAUCUAAAUGAGUCUCCCCGACAGAGCUUUCUGAGGGAAAACUGACCAGAAUUUCAUAAAUCAAGAAAAUGAAUACAAAUGGUCAUGUCUUCUGGUUCUGAUAGUGAUUCAGACCCACUGUGGUUCUUGACAUGGUUUAUUACAACCAAUGUUGUGAAGAAAAUCGACAGUGUAAAGUGCAUACACAGACUGAACGCAAAUCUAGCACAUUCAGUAAUGCAUUCAGCUUUCCGGUGUGGGUGUUUUGGUUUUCAAAUUGUAAAGUCACAGUAAUGUAUGCAUGCCAAGAGCAUUAUAGAUACAACAACUGUGUUUUGCCCAAUGAUAAAAAAGAAGAAAGAUCUUAAUGAAUAAUAUGAUCUUUGCUUCUGAGUCUGUACAUUUUUGACAAUAAAGAGGUAAUAGUAAAAUGA